UGCAACCAGAGUCACGGAACGGAUUAAGUUCGUAACUAGAGGUACCACUGUAUUUUGUAUGUCCAGGUAAUUCACUGUGUAACUUUUCAAUAGCAAAGCAAGUCUUUGUUGUGCCCCAGAUCUUCCCAAGUGCUCACUUGUCCUUGUUAAAGGGAGUGUUCUCUUCCUUCCCCUCUGCUGUGCUCUAUGGCUUCCUUUUUUGCCCCAGAAACAUUUAAGACAGGAGCACUGCCCCUUUAAGAUUCAAACAAGCUGGCAAUUUGGGGAAGUGGAGAAGCGGCAUUUGCUCAGAACUCUAAUUCUAAGCUUCUUGUGUGGCGAUGGGUAGCCUCUUCAGCAAGUGUGUCCCAUCGGAGGUGGUCCUGCUUGAAUUAAAUUACAGCUCACAAACAGCUUGGUGUAGCUUUGUCUCUGGUUGGUUGUGCCAGGAAAGGGCAUGGAGGCUUUCCUGUUCAGGCACCUUUGCCAAUGUCACAGGCAAAUCAUGGACAUCUCUAGCCUGUGGUCCAAGCCUAACAUCUUAAUAAAGUAAAUUAUCAGUAAAUUACUGGUGGGAUGCUCAGAACCAGAGCAUGGUGGGUGGAUUUCUUGUCUUAAGUUUACUGGUUGACCUGUACUCUAUGCCUCACCCUGAACUCAAAUAGAAUUGGGGGGGGGGAUCCUGAAUAAAAUGCUUUUGCAUUGAUGAAAUCUGGUUUGUUGGCUGCAGAAAUAUGGACAUUGUGGCCAUAGCUUGGGGCUAUCUUGAGUGGUGGAAACACCAUCUCCUCAAUGCACUGUCGCUCCUUGGAUUUUUGUCUUCCCCCAAGCUCUGUUUAAUUCCCCUUCCUUUUCAGAGUGUGCUCCAGCUUCUGAAUCAGUUUGAGUGUCCUAACCCCUCCUCCUUCCCCACCUGGCCAGGCUUAUUCAUCCAUAACAAGCUUUGCAGCCCAAACUAAGAUAGAACAGUUCUUCUUUUUUCCUCUCUUCAGCCAUUAGUAGUGGGUUUGAAGUGGAUGUUGAAGGAGGAGCUCUCUCUACUUUGAACUUUCUUUGGAAGAUGAGGGGAUCUGUGCAGGGUGAAGAGAGCCAGGUGUUGGGAUCAGGGCUGUAAACAUCAAUGCUCAGGAGAAAGCUUUGUGCUGUUUGUCUGUACUUUUGAGUCCCACUUCUCUGCUUCUGGUGGGCAUAUAUUUAGCAUGAUAUGUGGCUCGGUGGAGUCUGGCAAGAGGAAAUUGAUCCAGAAGGAUAUGAGCCGGCCUCCUCUCUAAAUUAAAACCUCUGUCCACCACUUGAUCACCUGUAUAACUCCGUCACCCGUAUCUUCCAGAUAAUCGUUAUGUACCUUCAGGUAUUAGAAUGUGAACGUAACCAGCACCUGGUCCAGACCUCAUGGAAUUACAUGAAUGACAGCCUGCGGACGGACGUCUUCGUGAGAUUUCACCCAGAGACUAUUGCGUGCGCCUGUAUUUAUCUUGCUGCUCGGACUCUUGAGAUUCCUCUUCCAAAUCGUCCUCACUGGUUUCUUCUCUUCGGGGCUUCAGAGGAGGACAUUCAGGAGAUCUGCCUGAAAAUUUUACAGCUCUACACACGGAAAAAGGUUGACCUGGCGGUUCUGGAAAGCCGCGUUGAGAAGAAGAAGCUAGCCAUCGAAGAGGCGAAAGCACAGGCCAAAGGCCUCUUGCCGGAUGGAGCACCCCAUCUCGAUGCAGUGGCAGGUUUUUCUCCAGUUCCCAAAACAGAAUCUCCAAAAGACAGCAAAGGCACGAAGCCUUCCCCGCUUCCUGUGCAGACGGUGAAAAAUGCUAAGAGGAAAAUGGAAGGGAUGAAGAGAGUGAAGUCCAGCAGCCCCGUUAAUGGCAUUCAGAAAGGCCGUGAGAGUAGGAGUCGAAGUGGAAGUAGAGACCAGAGUUAUUCUCGCUCACCGUCUCACUCGCCUUCUCCAAAACAGAGGAAGAGCGAAAGCUAUUCCCCAUCGAGUGGCUCCAAGUCCCACAGCCGUUCGAGGAGCCGCAGCGAUUCCCCUCCCCGCCAGUUCAGCCACACCACCGCCAGUUAUAAAGGCUCCAAGAUGCGAAGCUACAAGAAAGCCAAGGGAUACAAGUAUGGCUCUCCCAAAGCCCGGAAGUCCCGUAGCCGGAGCUCCUCAAGGUCCCGCAGCCGCUCGCGGGAACGUUCUGACCACUCGGGGAAGUACAGGAAAAAGAGCCACUACUACCGGGAUCAAAGGCCGGAGCGGCCCCGCUCGUACGAAAGGCCGAGCCAUCGCUACGAGAGAGAUCACCCUGGCCACAGUCGGCACCGGAGAUGAAGUCAGACAGAGCACAGCCAAAGCUCCCAACCCUUCCAGGUUCAGCCAAGACCCUGUUUUGCCCAAGGCUGGAUUCUGGAGCCCUACAAAGAUAUUGGCUAGUUAAGGGCCUGCGUGGCACCGACCUUAAAGGAGCAAAGAGCAGGAUUGGGCGGCAUUCUGUGGCUGUUUCUGGACCCUCCCGUCUCGAUGUAGGGCAGUUGCUUGUCUGCUGGAUUUUGUGUCUGCUUAAUACUAGACUGGCGAUGUUCCUUUGAGCUGUCAAGGCAGGAUUGUGGCCUGCCUUGGAUUCUGUGGAGGAAAACUUCGGGGACACUAUUCAGAGGGUUGAGACACCCCUCUUCCCAAUUUAUUUUUUAAUUUCUUUCUCUCUCAAAGGAUCUUGGAAGGUCACCCCAACAACAUUGCUUGGUGCUAACAGCAUUUUCUUUUCCUUCCUUCCUCCCUCCCUCUCUCUCUCUCCCUCUCCCCCCCCCCUCUCGUUGCAGUGAACUUGAUUGCAUUGGUAUUACAGAAGGUGAUUUAGGAUUCUUCAAACUCAGUGCCUAUAUUAGGCAGUCUUUGGGGGAAAGUAUCUGAUGUUGAAAUGGGAAGGAUGGAGGAAAGCCUUAACCCUUUAAAAGUGCAAAUGUGUUUCAUGAAAUUCUGGAACUGGGAACCCGCAUCCUGAGAAUGCAAAUGUUUACGCUCCUUGACUGAAGGUUUCUUCCACAGGCCCACCUUUUUUUUUUUUUUUGCCCCCA